AUGCAUGCUUGGUCAUGGGUGGCAUAUAUGCCCAUUCCCCAAUUUGUUUGUCACCCAGACUUCUUCUCGCUCUUGCAAGCCCAUGUUUGGCAUUGGUGUAUGGACAUUGUCUUUGUGAAUCUCAAAUCUGCAGCUGUGACAGAUACUCAAAUGGUGGACCCAGUUGGUAACCUGCAUUAUGCAUUUACUUCCCUUGUUGCAUACACAGCCGACCUCCCCGAGCAACAGCUAAUUGCAUGUUCACAGUUUGGGGACGAAAAGUUAUAUUUGCCUCGUUUUGGCCAUCUAACAAUCAAAGCCCUUCACCAACUUUGCCAAUGUGUGGAUCCUUGCAAGGUCCAGCACUUCCAAGAGAAAGCCAAGGCGCAGUCCCCCACAUUUACCCCAACAUCCAUUGCUACUAUGAAGGCCUUGCUCGAAGAGUUCCAUCAUUUCAAAGGCUCAAUCAUCCUCGCUAAGGCUUGCAGGGGAGCUUUGGGUCCUAUCGAUCACUUUCAAAUACUGAAGCUUGAGCUCCUUGCCUCGUUCAGUUGA